AUGGCAUCAGACACCCGUAGACUGCCACUUAAAAAUGAUCCGUGUUGUGCGGCCAUGAGAACAUUGCAGAGCCACGGCGAGGGGAUGAUGCAGUGUGUCAUCGAUCGACUUACACACGCAGAGAGCGGGCAAUACAAUGCAACAGUGAUGAUAUACUUGAAAAGAUAUUGCACACAAUGUUCAUCUUUUGCUCUUCCAUCUGCUGAGGUCAUGGUGUAA